CUCCGCACCGGGAAGCCUCGGCUGGGGCCGCGCCGCGCCGUCACAGGCAGGACUCAUGGCAAGCAGAUGGAUUGUUUGAAACACUGGGUUUGAUCGCCUAAGUAGAGGAACUCUGCUGAGGAUACUCUUGUUGGGUAUCUCUGUCAUCUCCAACACUUCCUUGAUAUGGAACAAAGUGAAGGUGAACAGGAAUCCCAGCCAGAGAGUCACGUGGAUAGCAAGAGCAGUGUGAAAUCUUUGCCUGGGGGAGAGGCCCACAUCAAACUGGAGAUAAAAAAACAUGCAGUUACUGAUGACUACAAACUCUCCAAACGGGUGCUAGGGUUAGGAAUCAAUGGCAAAGUACUGGAGUGUUUCAACAAGGAGACAGGCCAGAAAUGUGCUUUGAAGCUCCUGUAUGACAACCCAAAAGCCCGUCAGGAAGUAGAGUAUCAUUGGCGAGCAUCAGGUUGCCCCCACAUUGUCCAUGUCCUGGAUGUUUAUGAGAAUAUACAUCAUGGAAAGAGAUGCCUCCUCAUUGUCAUGGAAUGCAUGGAGGGAGGAGAGCUGUUUAGCAGGAUCCAGGAGAGAGGAGAUCAAGCUUUCACUGAGAGAGAGGCCUCUGAAAUAAUGAGAGACAUUGGAACAGCCAUCCAGUAUCUGCAUUCAAUGAACAUUGCCCAUAGAGACGUCAAGCCUGAAAACUUGCUGUACACAUCUAAAGAGAAGGAUACUGUACUAAAGCUCACAGACUUCGGCUUUGCCAAAGAAACCACUGUACAAAAUGCACUGCAGACCCCCUGUUACACCCCUUAUUAUGUGGCCCCAGAAGUCCUUGGCCCUGAGAAGUAUGACAAGUCAUGUGACAUGUGGUCAUUGGGUGUCAUCACAUAUAUUCUCCUGUGUGGGUUCCCUCCAUUCUACUCCAACACUGGUCAAGCCAUUUCUCCAGGGAUGAAGAGAAGAAUUCGGAUGGGGCAGUAUGGGUUUCCCAAUCCAGAGUGGGCUGAAGUAUCAGAGGAAGCCAAACAGCUGAUUCGCCACUUGCUGAAGACUGACCCGACAGAGAGGAUGACAGUUUCUCAGUUCAUGAAUCACCCUUGGAUCAAUAGAUCAAUGGCAGUGCCACCAACUCCUCUUCAUACUGCACGGGUCCUGCAAGAGGAUAAAGACCACUGGGAUGAAGUUAAAGAGGAGAUGACCAGUGCUUUGGCUACCAUGAGAGUGGACUAUGAUCAGGUGAAAAUCAAAGACUUGAAAACGUCCAACAACCGCCUCCUGAACAAACGCCGUAAGAAGCAGAAGCAGGCAGGCACCUCUUCUGCAGCUCCUGGGUGUAAUAACCAGUGAGAAGAGAAGCCAAGGACCUGUGGGUGGAGGGUAAAAGUUUAAAGGGACAAUUUAAAGUCAUUAUGAUCAACCUAGUCCAUAUCACAAAGACAAAGAGACCGUGAAGAAACUGUCCUGCCAAGAGAGAGCAGUGUGAAAGAUUUCAUUUUUGUAACUUGAAUCAGGGCUUUGCUUUUGAAGACUGAUGUAUAGGACAUGAUUCUGUUGCCUUUAGCUAGGGAAGGUCCAGUAAUAACCAGGAAUGUUAACAGGUUUUGUUUUGGCUUAACUGUGUUGGACAAGAGGA